AUGCGAGCAAAUAAUGUGUUUUUCGGAAUCCGUCGGAGUUUAUCUUUAACUUCAUCAAUUUUGUCGCCUGGAAAGGUUAGUUUUUUGUUUUGAAAUAUUUCAAUUGGAUGUUUUUUGUAGAUCUUGAAUAAAUCAAAUAUGAAUCCAAAUGUUGUCAAAAUGGAGUUUGCAGUUCUUGGACCAGUUGCCAGCCGUGCUGGUGAAAUUGAGAAAGAAUUAGCGAAUGGAGUCAAAAAACCAUUUCCAAAUGUGAUAAGAGCUAAUCAUGGAGAUGCUCAUGCUAUGGGACAGAAACCGAUUACUUAUAUUCGUCAACUUGUUGCAUGUGUUGCGAAUCCGAGUUUAAUGGAAACUGACAAAUCAAUCCCAUCUGAUGUUAUUCAAAAUGCCAAAGCUUUUUUGGGGAAUUGUGGAGGACGGUCAGCUGGAGCAUAUACACAAAGUCCAGGUGUUGAAAUUGUUCGAAAACAUAUUGCUGAAUAUAUCACUAAACGAGAUGGUGGAAUUCCAGCAAAUUGGGAAGAUGUUUGUAUAUCUAGUGGUACUUCGGAAUCCAUUCGAAAUGUUUUGAAGUUAUUUAUCAAUGAUAAAAAUCGGAAAAAAGUUGGAGUUAUGAUUCCGAUCCCACAAUAUCCAUUGUAUUCAGCAUCACUAGACGAAUUUGGAUUAGGUCAGGUUGGAUAUUAUUUGAAUGAAUCAUCAAAUUGGUCAUUGGAUGAAGCUGAAUUAGAAAGAUCUUUGAAAGAAAGCAGCGAAAAAUAUGAUGUUCGUGUUCUUUGUGUAAUCAAUCCUGGAAAUCCAACUGGUCAAGUUCUUUCACGCGAAAAUAUUGAGACUAUUGUACGAUUCGCUGAAAAAAAUAACCUUUUCAUAAUUGCCGAUGAAGUCUAUCAGGAUAAUGUUUAUUCGCGAGAAUCAAAAUUCCAUUCUUUCAAAAAAGUUGUCACUGAAAUGGGAGCUCCAUAUGAUAAGUGAGUUACUUAUUUUAAUAAAAACUCAAUCCAAAUUUGUCAAAUUCAGAAUGGAGAUUGCCUCAUUCCAUUCGGCAUCUAAAGGUUUUAUGGGAGAAUGUGGAAUGCGUGGAGGAUAUGUGGAAUUUCUAAACAUGGAUUCUGAAGUUUAUAUGUUUUACAAGAAAAUGAUAUCAGCUAAAUUAUGCUCUUCAGUUCUCGGACAAGCUGUUGUUGAUGCAUUAGUUAAUCCACCGAAAAAAGGCCAACCAUCAUAUGAAUUAUGGAAAAAAGAAGGUGAUGCGAUCUUGGCUUCUUUGAAGGAACGCGCUGAACUUUUCGAAAAAGCUUUCAGUAAACUUGAGGGAGUUAGUUGCACCCAAGUUCAAGGUGCAUUGUAUGCCUAUCCUUCCAUAAAAAUUCCAGCAAAAGCUGUGGAGAAAGCUAGGGUUAGUUUUUAUCUUUUCUCUCAUUGUCAAAUUUUUUGAAAAUUCUUCAGUCACUCAACCAAGAACCCGACUUUUUCUAUGCAAUGCAACUUUUGGAAACCACUGGAAUCUGUAUUGUACCAGGAAGCGGAUUUGGACAAAAAGAUGGAACCUAUCACUUCAGGUAUUUAUUUAUUUUUUGGGAGAACAAUAAAACACCUGAAAAAAUAUGACACCCAGAAAAUCACAAAACAUCUGCUCAUUUUGUCACCUUCUGCCCCAAUCACACCUUUUGGUGUGAGAUUUUUUGACAGACCCAACAAUAAAUCAAUACACACAAAACUAUACCGCCAAACUGUCUGAUCAGCAAAAAUAAUAAUAACAAGACAGGGCAACACACUGUGACGUAACUAUGUGUAAUUAAGAAUUGGGCUAAAAAUGGCCAGUGUUGCAUAGGAUAAUAAUAUCAGUUAUGUCAUAAUGACUCGAAUUAGGGAAAUAUAUUGAAUAUUUGGGAAGUUUCCGGGAUAAGUAUUUGGCCUAAAGUUAAAUUAUAGAUCAUACAAAAAAUUGUUCGAGACAAGUUCUUCUCUAAACUAGUCUAAACAUUUUCAAGAUGUAGUUUGAUUUUCUGAAUGUGGCACUUUUUGUUAUUAGAAACCAUCUCAAGUUUUGAUUGAAAAUAUCUGUGACAUGAAAAUAAUUCAUUGACAGACAAUAUUUUUUCCAGAAGCACAAUUCUUCCACCAUCUGAUUUGUUCAAAGAAAUGCUGAAAAGAUUCACCAAAUUCCACAACGACUUUCUUGCUGAAUAUAAAUAG